AUAUUAUACGCACUACAGUAUUAUAUGACUUUGUGUACAGCUAUCUCAGGGAGUAGUACUACCGAGAUAAUACCGCACUGCUUUCUACUAAUGCCUUUUUAAGGGAAGAAAAUAGCAGAACUAUUACUGGUAAAUUUGACCCGACUCCAACAUGGCCGAACCACCAGUCUACACUCCCCCUGAACAACAGAAUACCGCCGACCCACCUCCCGGAGUAUAUCCACAAGGUCAACCGGCAGCAAAUCCGCAGGGCCACCCGGUAGCAUAUCAACAGGGCCAACCGGUAGCUUAUCCGCAGGGCCAACCGGGAGCAUAUCAACAAGGUCAACCGGUAGCUUAUCCACAGGGCCAACCGGUAGCAUAUCAACAAGGUCAACCGGGAACAUAUCCGCAAGGCCAACCGGUAGCAUAUCAACAAGGUCAACCGGUAGGAUAUCCGCAGGGCCAACCGGUAGCAUAUCCACAGGGUCAACCAGUAGCUUAUCCGCAAGGCCAACCAGGGGUAGUGUAUCCGCCAGGUCAGCAGGUCGUCAUCACUCAAGGGGGCGCCACCCAUGUGUACCAAACUGGCAGCAGCUCGGGUGGUUGGAACAAUACCUCCGAACAUUACAACCAAAAAGCCGGCUUCGCUACGGGGAUAGUGCAUCUGAUCGUAGCUAUCCUGUCUGUCAUUCUCGGCGGGGUUGCAUACGCGUUUCCAGUGUAUCAGGUCGGCUAUGGAAUCUGGUCUGCCUUCAUUUUCUAUCUCCCUACAGGAAUCUUAGGGAUCGUUAGCAAGAAGAAGAACUCGUGCGUGAUCAUCGCAUACAUGGUGAUGGCAAUCCUGUGUACUGUCCAUGCUUUCGGGAUGCUGGCAUAUGAAUCAUUUGUAGCCGCAGUGCUGACCUACUUUGUGUCCUGUUACCGACGGUACUAUGGUUUCAGCUCCGAUUAUAUCUGUGCAUAUCAUCGUUCGGUGGGUGCCGUUUGCGUUCACUCCAUACUCGCUAUCCUCGGCUUGGUCGAGUUCAUUAACUGUAUCGUGUCUGCUGUCUACUGCUGUGGGGGACACUCCUGCUGCUGUGCCAAAGCCUCUACCAACCAGACCAAUGCCAAUACUGCUACCACGGUGCACUAUUAUGGCCAGGCACAGCCAAUGACAGUAGCGGCUAAUACUGCACCGGGUCCAGCAGAAAGCGGUAAAUAGAUGUCUGAAUACUGACCAAUGACAUCAUGAUGACGUGACAUCCAGUAUCUACACUCAGAAGAAUCCCAAACCAAGCCUUACAUCAAGAUGAUUGGCACUGAUCGAAAUAUUUACUGAAGAAUGUAUGACAAAUAAAAAUAAUUGAUAUGUUACACAUGUUUGUUAAGCUUCAAGUUUUCCUCAAUCUAAAAAGCACAAAAAUACCAUAUCAAUUACUUAUUUACCGAAUUUCUACUGAUUGAUGCAAAACCAAAUUACAUAAUAUUAUUAAUGGGAAUAUUUUUGGUGUAUAUAUAUAUAUAUAUAUAUUGAAUUAUAGUUAUUGCUAAUAUUGUGAAUUGUAACUAGAAAGUGAACUAACUAUUGAUGACAAUUCAUUGUCUUUGUUAAUCAUAUUGUAUUUUAACUAGUAUUAUUUGAAACAAUUGCGAUAGAAAUAUGACAUUUUGUAAUUGUAAAUUGUCAUGCAAUUCAGCCCAGGCUGCGAAAUGAUGAUAUUAACAAACUGAACUGAACUGAACUGAUCAAACUUGCCGGAGUUCAUAUAUCCACCUAUGAGGGGUUAACGAGGAAUCACUUCCUUAGGAGUUAAGGCCACUACAAAUUAUAAUGGAAUGUAUUCCAAAGUUGUGGAUGAAUUAUUGUUUCAAGAGUUGGGAUGAAAGCUAACGGUGCAAACACAAUUAAGUACAUUAGUCAGAUUUUAUCAUUUUCAAAAGAAUUUAAAACGUAUCGCAGCUUCAUAAACAGGCUGACUAUUGAUAUUAUUUUAACUCUCAUAUUUUCAAGACAAGAGUGGUGUUUCUAAAAUGUCACUGUAGGGGCCUUUUUAAUCUGUACAACAUUAUGUAUAUUUUUGAAUACAUUAUGAUUGAUAAUACACUUCUAAUGAUUAUCCUAGAUAUUUUUUUCAGAUGUAAUAAUAUAUAAGAAACAAAAUGUAUAUGACGUAUUAUAUAAAUAUUAUAGCA